AUGUUUUUAAAUUCAUCGGGUGUACCUGCACCAACUCCAUUUGCUCCUACUCCUGUUCAAUUUUCUGAUAUAAAUGCAACUGCACAACAACAACAACAGCAACAGCAACAACAACUUCAUUAUAAUUUAAUUAAUUUUAAUGCUGCAGCAGCGGCUGGAUUAGUUUCUCCUACAGCAAGUUUAGGUCCAACUAAUAAUUUAAAUAUAAAUACAUCACAAGCAACAAAUCCAGCAUCACCUCAAAUCAAUGAACCUUCACAACAACAACAGCAACAACAACAGCAACAACAGCAGCAACAGCAGCAACAGCAACAGCAGCAACAACAGCAGCAGCAGCAGCAGCAGCAACAACAGCAGCAACAACAACAGCAACAGCAGCAGCAACAGCAACAACAACCAUCACCAUCACAAUCGAAUACAUUUUCUUAUUCUACUUUAAAACAUCCUCAAGUUCAACAAAUUCUCCUGGAAAAUCUUUAUAAUACAGUUGUUUUACGUGAAAAAAAUUCCAAUCAAUCAUAUGACCCUCGAAAAAAUCGAAAACGUUUAUCUGAUCCUGUCUUUGUCAAUCAACCACAGUCACUUCAACCAUUAGUAAUCAAUACACAACAAGGUAAUUCUCAUUCUCUUAUACAACAACAACUUCUUCCAAUAAAUCCAAAUCAUCCAAAUGAUUCAAAUAAUCUAACACUAACUCGUCGUCGUUCAUUGCGUUUUAUUAAACAACCAUUUGUUCUUCAAACAAUUCAUCAACAAACAUCAACUCAACGUGAACUAUCAAAAGUAUUAGUUGUUCGUCAUGCUGAACGUGUUGAUUCAACAUUUGGUGCUGGUUGGCUUGAUCAAGUAUUUGAUAAAGCAACUGGUACAUAUCGUCGAAUUAAUUUAAAUUUACCGAAAAAAAUGGUUACAAGAAGAGAUGUAAAAGAUUUUCUAUUUGAUCCUCCAUUAACAGAAUUAGGUUUACAUGAAUGUAAAAUGGUUGGUGAAGAACUUGCUGCACAAGGUAUUGAAAUUCAUCAUGUUUAUGCUUCACCUGCAUUACGUUGUGUUCAAACAGCUGAUAAAAUUCUUGAAGGCCUUCGAAUGCGUGAUGAUAUAUCAAUUCGUAUUGAACCAUGUCUUUUUGAAUUUCUUAAAUGGUAUCCUGUUGUACCGGUGAAAUGGCCAUUUCUUGAUUUAGAUGAAUUAACAAGAAAUGGAUAUAAUGUUGAUAAAUCAUAUAAAGCAUUUUAUCCUAUGGAAAGUCUUCGAAAAGAUGAAGAUGAAUUAAUGUAUUAUACAAGAAGUCAUUUUAUUAUGACUUCAAUUUUAAAAAAUCAUGAAAUGGAUGGAGGCAAUUUACUUAUUGUUGGACAUGCACCCACAAUUGAAGUAUGCACACGACAGUUGACUGGUGGUCAACCACGUGUUAAUGAUUUGAAAUUUCUUGUAUUACGUGUUCCUUUUCUAUCUAUGCAUUGUGUUGCUAAACAAAUGGAUGGGUCAUGGCGACCAACAAAACCUCCAAUCUCACCAAUAAAACAUGCAGCUGUUGAACCAUUUGAUUGGCGUUUUUUUCGAUAA